AUGGCAGCAAUAUUUAAUUCAUUAAGCAAUGCUAUAACUGCACAACCUGUUGCCGACAGCAAACUUAAUCCAUUCAAUACAGAAUGGAAAACUGAAUUUUUCGAAUCGUGUAAUCCAAUUACAGACGGUAUUAUAUAUUGCCUCUGCGGAUGUAUUUGUGCGGGUCGACUACAUGGACGCGCUGGUGAGCAUUUUUUCUCGUGUUGUUUUCCUGGAGCAACACAAGCAUUAAGAACGAAGAUUAGAAUGGCUUAUGGUAUUCGAGGUUCACUAAUCGAAGAUUGUUUAGCAUCAUGUUGUGGCCCCUGUUCAUUACUGCAGAUGAAAAAAGAACUCGAUGGUCAUAAUGUUCCAGAUCCUUAUGCCUGA